GGCGAGGGGAGGCGAUAAGUGCGCGUGCGCACUGCGGGCUGGGUUGCAGCAGGCAGCGGCGGUUGAGCUCGCGGCGGGUGACAGUUUCCAUAACAUCUGAUCCACCAUGGCUGAUGACCUAGACUUUGAGACCGGCGAUGCCGGUGCCUCCGCCACCUUCCCCAUGCAGUGCUCCGCUCUCCGCAAAAACGGCUUUGUGGUGCUCAAAGGGCGCCCCUGCAAGAUUGUGGAGAUGUCCACUUCCAAGACCGGCAAGCACGGGCAUGCCAAAGUGCAUCUUGUUGGCAUAGACAUCUUCACCGGGAAGAAAUAUGAAGAUAUCUGCCCUUCAACCCACAACAUGGAUGUGCCCAAUAUUAAGAGAAAUGACUUCCAGCUUAUUGGGAUCCAGGAUGGGUACCUCUCCCUGCUCCAGGACAGUGGAGAAGUGCGGGAGGACCUGCGUCUUCCCGAGGGAGACCUGGGCAAGGAGAUUGAACAGAAGUAUGACUGUGGCGAAGAGAUUCUGAUCACCGUGCUGUCCGCAAUGACUGAGGAAGCUGCUGUUGCUAUUAAGGCCAUGGCUAAAUAAAGGAACCACAGGUGAGCCCCGGAGAGC